AUGUCAGAUCCUAAGCAGAAUAGCCCUGGGGCUAAGCCAAUGCUAAAGCGACUUUAUUAUCAAUCUGAUCUUCACGCUUUGCUGCGCCGUCCCAUUAUCCUGGCCACUGGCAAUCCGACGCCGAAUGGCUCAAGUAUACCAUCUUGGGGGAAUUCAUUCAGGCUGUGCAACCGCAACCCAACCACCGCCCUCUCCGGAAUCGCCCUGGCGAUGCUCGUUGGAAUGGUCCUUUCUGCUUAUCCCACACUACGCAAACUAUACCACGACAAAUUCGAAGCCAUCCACCGAUUCUUUGGAUGGUCUGUACUUGUAAUUGUGUGGGUCCAAGUUAUGCUUACAGUGAGGGACAACAAGCCUCCUCAUCAAUCACUUGGGGAAGCUGUAGUCUGCUCCCCAGAGCUAUGGCUUCUCAUCACCAUUACCACCAGCAUUGCCACAUCAUGGACGUUACUUAAGAAAGUCCCUGUCGACUCCGAGGUACUAUCAGAUCAUGCUUUGCGGUUACAUUUCCAAUAUACCAAUGCCAUUCGCGGGAGCUUCAUCCGACUUUCUGAGCGCCCACUGCUCGAAUGGCAUUCCUUUGCAACUAUACCCAUCGCCACAAACGAGGAUCAGAAAAGGGGAUGCUCAGUGAUUGUUUCAAGGGCUGGUGAUUGGACUAGUCGUCAGAUCAGCAAGCCACCGACUAGAAUUUGGGUUCGCGGUAUUCCCACUAUGGGAGUGAUGCGAGUUGCAUCCCUAUUUCGAAGUGUUGUCUUGAUUGGAACAGGGUCUGGUAUUGGGCCACUGCUAGGACACGUACCCCCCUGUCGACUGCGGUUGAUAUGGUCGACACCCAGUCCUCUCAAGACAUUUGGUCAUGGUAUUUUAGACUCCGUCUAUAAAGCUGACCCCGAGGCUGUUGUUUGGGACACACGAGAAAACGGCCGUCCUAAUUUGGUUGAGAUUGCUUGUCAUGCAAUGCAAGAGAUUGACGCCGAAGCUGUGAUUAUUAUUUCGAAUGAGACUGUCACACGCAUAGUUGUGGGAGCAAUGGAGAGGAAAGGUGUUCCUGCGUUCGGAGCUAUUUGGGAUAGUUAG